GCAGUCGGGCGGGAUGAACGGGACGGGCCGGGCGUGCGGGCGGGACGGGGCAGCGCUGCCGGCCGGGGCUCGCCCGCUGGUCAGCGCGCUCAUGUUCUCGGCCGGGCUCCUGGGCAACCUCCUGGCGCUGGGGCUGCUGCUGCACGGCCGCCGCGGGCCCCGGCAGCGCCCGCCCGCGCUGUUCCACGUCCUGGUGCUGGCCCUGGUGGUCACCGACCUGCUGGGCACCUGCUCCGUCAGCCCCUUGGUGCUGGCAUCCUACCACCGCAACCGCACGCUGACCGCGCUGGCCCGCGGAGGGCACAUCUGCCUCUACUUCGGCUUCGCCAUGAGCUUCUUCGGCCUCGCCACCAUGCUCAUCCUCUUCACCAUGGCUCUGGAGCGCUGCCUGGCCCUGGGGCGACCCUACUUCUACGAGCGCUUCCUGAGCCCCCGCACGGGGCUGGUGGCCCUGCCGGCCAUCUACAGCUUCUCGGCCGCGCUGUGCUCGCUGCCGCUGCUGGGCUUCGGCCGCUUCGUGCAGUACUGCCCCGGCACCUGGUGCUUCAUCCAGAUGCACCACCAGGGCGGCGUGGACGUGGCGGGGCUGAACGUCGCCUUCUCGCUGCUCUACGCCACCCUGCUGCUCUUCCUCAUCGUCGCCGUGCUGCUCUGCAACCUGAGCGUCAUCGCCAACCUGGCCCGCAUGCACCGGCGGGGACAGAGGACGCGCCGGGUCCCCGGCCCCGAGCAGCCCCGCGCCUCCGGCUGCGGCCGCCGCAUCUUCUCCAUGGCCGAGGAGAUCGACCACCUGCUGCUGCUCUCCAUCAUGACCAUCACCUUCGUCAUCUGCUCCCUGCCCUUCACGAUCCGAGCCUACGUGAACAAGUUCAGCCAGGAGGAGGCGGACCACGAGUGGGACCUGCUGGCGCUGCGUUUCCUGUCCAUCAACUCCAUCGUGGACCCGUGGGUGUUCGCCAUCCUGCGCCCGCCCGUGCUGCGCCUCCUGCGCUCCGUGCUCUGCUGCCAGCUCGGCCCCACCGCCCCCGGCGGCCGCGCCGUGUCCCCUGCUGUCACCAAGCUGGCACGGCCACACCUCUGCGGCCAGUAGGUGUGGGAUUCCGGGAGAAUCCUGCCUCCUGGGAGCUGCCGAGGGAGCUCUGCCUCAGGGCAGGGAGACCGGGCGGGGCUGGCCCUGGUGUCACCUGGCGGGGGUGGCUCUGGUGUCACCGGGUGGCCUCUCACAGGGAUGAGGUUGGAAGGGUUGGAGUCCCUUGGGUGCUGCUGUCCCACCUGGAGAGAGGCUCAGCCCUGAAGCUUGGGGGGUUUUGCUGUAACCCCAAGGCUGGGGGUGUUGGGAAGCAGAGAUUCCUGCUGGGGUGUUUCCCAGCGAGGUUUUUUGGAGAUGGCUGCAAACACCUGUCUGUGCCCCCAGAUCCCUAAGGAUUGGGAAGGAGAGGAAGGGACCAGUGUAUCCUCAAAAAUUUCCCCUUUUUUUGAGGCAGGUUGCCUAAAGAAAUGCACUUUUUCAGGGGCAGGUCUGUGUGCUCAUGUCUGUCUGUUUGUCUGUCCAACACCCCAGAGAUUUUAGGCACUGAUGGGUCCCUGAGGGGCACCAAGGUACUAAAAAAGCCAAAUUUUGGCACUUCCCUGGCGCUGUGAUGGAGCAGAGCAGCCCCUCCUCAGCACCCAUUUGGAAAUUCCCUUUGCCCCCUGAUUUUUUGCAAGAGCCAACAAAGGGAAUAAAGAGCCUGAAUGGUCAUAGCCAUGAGCUUCACCCACAUCCAGGGUGGUGCUGCUGGUGAGGUUUGGCUUUAUCCUUGAUUGGGACAAAUAUUUAUUUAAAAUUAAAUUAAAAAAAAAAAUAAAUCAAUAAAAGCAAAAAACCAACUGCAAAACCAUCCAGGUCAUCAAUCCUGCCCCAUUGGGCAGCAUCCUUCAACACCACUAUUUUAUUUUCUGGGAUUCCUCUUGCUCUUUGGGACUCCAGGAUUGUUCCUACUGGGAUGAGGAGCAUCCAACUGCACACCCCAAGGCCACCACUGCCAUUAGGAAUUUUCUUGUGGCUCCCACUUGAGCAGCACCCAGCACACCCAGUGUGCAGUUCUGAGUGUGGAGUCUCAUUUGGGAGCUGCAGCUCUGCUCAGGGAGCCCAAAGGUGCCGAGAUUUGGGACUUUUCUGUGGUUUGUGAGUCGAGGUGAUGUAAAAAAAAAAAAAAAAAAAAAAAAAAGAAAUUGUUAUUUAAAUAAUAAAUGUCUCUCUCAU